CGCCGCUGCGCUCCGAGCAGCUGCGGAGGGGAAGAGAGGCUGACGCACAAGCCGAUGAACCUCGCUCUCGACCCGGCAGCGGAGCGAGCGGAGCCUCGCUGCAUUGUUCGACCCGUGAACAAGAGGCUGGACACAGCGCAGCCGGCGACCCGGUUCUCCCGGUCCGCGUUGUGUGGAGCACCCCGCCCCGGACCGGCGGCUGUUAAAAAAAAAAAAAAAAAUCAGUUUAGUUUAUUCCGACACACAAAUCCGACAAUUGAAGGGGUCUUUUUUUUUUUUUUUUUUUAAAGAAAAAAAGAAAAAAGUAAACCGCUUUAAAAUGGCAACCGCCGCCGCGGUGGUCCGGCUGUAGGCUGCGUCCCCUCGGCCGGGAGGUCAGGAACCAUCGGAACCAUCACCGCUUCUUUUGUGGACUUCCGUAGGGUUUCCCCCAACAUGACCGCGGGCUCCCCGCAAGUCUUCACGGCCUCCAGCUGAUCCCUGGCGGCUCCAUGUGUCCUCGCUGGUUCUUCUAGCACCAGAUCGCCGUCAUGUCGGCGGCUCAGACCCAGAAGGAGGCCAGCGAGCCGGGCUGGAGCUCCAUGGAGGCUCUGGGUCUCAGCCAGAAGGAGCUGGUCCUGGCCGAGGCCCUGCAGAUGGAGUACGACGCCCUCUCCCGGCUCAAGCAGGACAAGAGCGGCGCAGAAACCGGCUCCAAGACCCCGACCGGCUCCAAGACCCCGACCGGCUCCAAGACCCCGAAUCCCACCAUCGAACGCCCCCGACCCGUCCCCAGCCAGCCCGUCCCUGCCCCCGCGGGAGGGAGCCUGCUGAGGGGCCUCUCUGGUUCCGACCCCUCUCUGAACCAGCCCGGAGGGUCACGGUUCCCCAGCGCCGUGCCCGCCAGGGCGCUCCCCCCCCAGGGGGGCUACGUCAAAGAGUCCCUGUACAUCCUGGACAGUCCGGAGGUCAGCAAGUUCAGGGACAGUCCCGGUUCCAGCCUCGGGGACUCCCUUGGAUCCGGGUCGGGGUUUCUCUCCAAGGGCUUCCCCUUUCUGCCAGACGACGUCCCCCCCGCCAUCCCCCCAAGGAACCCCAUACCCACGUCGUCGGGGUCCGAGAACCCCUUCCUGCCCUCUCGGGGGUCCCCCGCGCCCCGCGACGUGAACCUGUUCACGCCCGACGUGGAUUUGCCCAAAGUGACUUCUGGGGAGCUGAACUACGACAACAUCAACGAGUCGCUGUCCCGACUCAACGGGGGUCAACGAGGUCGGCGGGCCAACGGCGACCAAUCGGGCAAGCCCGUGGCUCGGAGUAAGACCCUCCCCCCUCAAGUCCCGCCCAGGACGUACGUGCCGGUUCCCAAGAGCAACAAGAACCAACGGCGCGUGUCCGCGGACCCGGUGUCUCUGGGCUCCAGGAUGAACGGCUUUGGGUACGAACUGUUCCAAGUGUCUGAGGAGAGAGACGAGGAGGUGGCGGCCUUCUGCCACAUGCUGGAUGUGUUGCGCUCGGCGUACCCGCACGCCGGCGGCUCGGCGAACGGCGGCUUCGUGUGGUCUCCGGCCGUCGGCCUGGAGGAGCUGCAUCAGGGUCUGGGGGUCAGCGUGAAGGUCACCGUCAUCAGCGAGCACUUCAGAGAGCCGCUCACCUUCACCUGCGAUGGUUCCUCCACGGUGGACCUGCUGAUCUAUCAGACUCUGUGUUACGCUCAGGACGAUCUGGAUCACAUGGACGUGGACGAGUACCUGCUGAAGGUCUGUGGACACGACGAGUUCCUCAACAACUCUCAGACUCUCGCUGGUCUGGAGUUCGUUCAACAAUGUUUGAAGUUCGACUGGGACGUCAAACUAGUGCUGACCAAGAGGAGCUCCAUCAACACGGAGCUGUCACGCACGAAAGAAGACGAUGAGACGUCGUCCACCAUGAACCACGGCAUCCUGCUGCAGGAGCGUCCAAUCAAACAGACCGUCACCAGGGAGGCUCUGACUCUUCUGCUCGAUACGUUUCACAACGAAGCCGAAUCCUUCGUGCUGUCAGAGGCGGAGCUGCCGCUGCACGUGGAGCGCCUCGUCCAAUCGGUGAAGGCGCUCUGCAGCUCGUUGGCUGCCGUGGAGACGCCCGACGUGACCGACGCCCUCAGCCAGCUCCCAGCAUGCCCCUGUCGUCUGCAGCCCAAAGUCCUCAAGGAUGCAUCAGUGCUCGCCGUCAGAGAGAACAGAGAGAAAGUGGUGGAGAAGUUGACGGCGGCCAUCUUGGAUCUGGUGGACCUGUACUGCAGCACGUUCAACGCCAACUUCCACCCGGCGGCUCAGAACCGCUGCUGCGCGGCGCCGGUGCAGGAGGCCGGCCUCGUCACCAACGUGCUCUCCUUCAACGUGCACGCCGCCCACCGCAUCCCCAUCGCCUGGGCCGCCAGCUACGAGGGCUUCUUCCUGUCCUGCUCUCUAACUCACGGAGGGGCGGAGCUCUGCGCACCGCAGCACACCAGCAAGCAGUCGGUCAGCAAAUACCUGUUUCACCUGGUGGUCUGGGACCAGAGGGUUGUUUUCCCGGUGCAGAUCAACCAGCUGCCCAGAGAGUCUCAGCUGACAGUGACUCUGUACGCCAGCUCUCUGCCGCCCCCCGGAGGAGCUGAGGAGAAGAGCCGGCAGCGGCGCAGCAUCGAGGCUCUGGGCUGGGUCACCAUGCCGCUCUUCAACUUCAGACACAUCCUGACAUGUGGCAGGAAGUUACUCGGCCUGUGGCCUUCGGCUCCGGGGAGGACUGGAAACGCCCGGACGAGCUCGCCGAACUUCAACCAGCCGGACAGCGUGAUCCUGCAGGUGGACUUCCCCACCUCGUCCUUCGAGGUCCAGUUCAGUACUCCUCCUCCUGCAGACUUCUGUCCUCAGUACGACUUCUCUAGACUGGACACCAUCAGUCAGAUCCAGCUGCAGGACGUCCUCCACAAGAAGGCCGUCUUCUGGCUGACGGUGGAGGACAGGCGUCUUCUUUGGGAGAAGAGGGCCUUCUGCCAGGCAGAGAGUGCAGCUCUCCCUCUGGUCCUGGCUAGCGCCCCCUGCUGGGAGUGGGCCUGCCUACCGGACAUCUACGCCCUCCUGAAACAGUGGGCCUGCCUGGGCCACCUGGACGCCCUGGGACUCCUACACGCCUCGUUUCCAGACCAGGAGCUGAGGAGGACGGCCGUUCAGUGGAUGGACUCCAUCUCAGAUCCAGAGCUACUGGACUUCCUGCCUCAGCUCGUUCAGGCUCUGAAGUACGAGUGUUACCUCGACAGCUCUCUGGUGCGGUUCCUCCUACGGAGAGCCAUCGGGGACGUUCGCAUCGCUCACUACCUCUUCUGGCUGCUGAAGGACAACCUGCAGGACAGCCAGUUCAGCGCCCGGUACCAGCACCUCCUGGCCGCGCUGCUCUGCUGCGUGGGCCGAGGUCUCCGUGAAGAGGUGGACCGUCAGUGCUGGCUCGUCUCCAUUCUCGCCUCCGUGGCUCACAAAGUCCGAGACGCCUCGCCGUCCAGCCGACAGUGUGUGCUGAGGGAGGGUCUGGAGGAGAUGACUCAGUUCUUCUUGGUGAACAGCAGCUGUAGACUUCCUCUGAACCCGGCGCUGCUCGUCACAGGGAUCCACAUCCAGUCGUGCUCCUUCUUCAACUCCAACGCCGUUCCUCUCAAACUGUCCUUCCAGAACCUGGACUCUCUGGGAGACAACAUCAACGUCAUCUUCAAGUCAGGAGACGACCUCCGGCAGGAUAUGCUGACUCUGCAGGUGAUCCGGAUCAUGAACAAGAUCUGGAUCCAGGAGGGUCUGGACAUGAGGAUGGUCAUCUUCAAAUGUUUCUCCACCGGCAGAGGACGAGGUAUGGUGGAGAUGAUUCCUCAGGCUGACACUCUGAGGAAGAUCCAGGUGGAACAUGGAGUCACCGGCUCCUUUAAAGACCGGCCGCUGGCCGACUGGCUGCAGAAACACAACCCCACUGACGAGCAGUAUGACAAGGCGGUGGAGAACUUCAUCUUCUCGUGCGCCGGCUGCUGCGUGGCGACCUACAUCCUGGGAAUCUGCGACCGCCACAACGACAACAUCAUGCUGAAGACCAGCGGUCACAUGUUCCACAUCGACUUCGGGAAGUUCCUGGGACACGCCCAGAUGUUCGGGAACAUCAAACGGGACCGCGCCCCCUUCGUGUUCACCUCCGACAUGGCGUACGUCAUCAACGGAGGAGACAAGCCGUCGAGCCGAUUCCACGACUUUGUGGAUCUCUGCUGCGAGGCGUACAACAUGAUCAGGAAACACACACACCUGUUCCUGAACCUGCUGGGCCUGAUGUUGUCCUGUGGGAUCCCUGAACUGUCGGAUCUGGAGGAUCUGAAGUACGUUCACGACGCGUUGAGACCUCACGAGUCUGAAGCCGACGCCACCAUGUACUUCACCAGGUUGAUAGAGUCCAGUCUGGGCAGCGUCGCCACCAAACUCAACUUCUUCAUCCACAAUCUGGCCCAGAUGAAGUUCGCCUCCACCGAGGACCGACCCACGCUGACCUUUGCCCCCCGGGUCCACACGGCGAAGAGCGACGGCCUCAUCAGGAACCUCUACAUCUGCAGACACAUCCGGGCCGCCAGCGCCGGCAAGGGAUACACGUUUGUAGUGAAAGUGGAGCGUGAGGGUCAGCAGGAGGCGCUGCUGGUUCAGAGGACGUUUGAAGAGUUUCAUGAACUUCACAGCAAACUGAGACUCAUCUUCCCCUCAGCCAAACUACCCAGUUUCCCGAGCCGUCUUGUGAUUGGUCGGUCCCGUGGAGAGGCGAUGGCUGAUAGGAGGAAGGACGAGCUGAACGGUUACGUGUGGCACCUGAUCCACGCCGCCCCGGAGGUCGCUCAGAGCGACCUCGUCUACACCUUUUUUCACCCGCUGCCCCGGGACGAGAGGCCGGGACCAACGGCUGUCAAGCCAGCAGAACUGUCGUGGUCUCCAGCUUUGGGCAAAGAGCUCGGUGAGGUCAAACUGUCGAUCUCCUACAAGAACGACAAGCUCUUCAUCAUGGUGAUGCACAUACGAGGCCUGCAGCCCCUGCAGGACGGCACGGACCCCGACCCCUACGUGAAGCUCUACCUCCUCCCGGACCCUCAGAAGACCAGCAAGAGGAAGACCAAGGCGGCGCGACGCACCUGCAACCCGACCUACAACGAGAUGCUGGUGUACGAGCGGAUCCCCCGGGGGGACCUGGACCAGAGGGUGAUCCACCUGCGGGUCCUCGGCGACGGGGCUUUCUGGGAGAACACCCUGCUGGGAGAGACCUUCAUCCCUCUGAAGAGGCUGGUCCCGGGUCAGCACUGGGUGGACUGGCACCAGCUGGGCGCCGCUGGCUCAGACUCCGCCCACUGAGACUCCGCCCACUGACCGGCGUGGACGCGGUUCUCCUCAGGAGGACGGAAGAAGAACAAAGGAAAGUCCUUUCAAAGUAAAAGCCCUGUGGCUGAUCCUCCCUCCGUGCGUGAGGGAGUUUAACUUCACUGACGUCAUCAGUUUAGUACGUUCGGACUCUUUCUGAAAAUAACCUUUUGAUUUAUUUUCCUUUUUUAACAACUUUUAAAAUAUCUUUUUAAACUCAACGAAGGGACUUAAAAAUGUGAACUAAUGUCGUGCGCUUCAGAUUUAACGGAAACGCGUGAACGCCUAUUCGUUUAAACUCUGGUGCCGUGUGCAAAACCAAACGAGCGAGGAGGAAAACGUGCACAAACGAAUAAUUAGCGCGUCUGAAAUUGACGAAUAUUCGUCUGAAUUAAUUUUGGUGUCACGAGAGUGGAUUUUUUUUUUGCCGUGAUUUUAAUUUAAAUAAAUAAAGAAAAAAAACAGAUGAGGGAAGAUUAUAUAUAAUGCAGAUUUACAUGGAAAGAUUUUUAGUUUCUCAUGUGCGUCAGUCAGCACACACACACACACACACAGACAGGUGCAUGUUUGGAAAUUCAGACGUUUAUCAGAAUCUAAAGUUACUAUUCGGCUGUUUUGAUUUCCAUCUUUCUGAGAAAAGUGAUGAAAAUACUAAAAUCAUCGGCGGCCAUUUUUCUGUUUUCCGGGACUUUUUUUUUUCGCAGCUUUUAUCGUCCUAAAAAAAUAAAAAUAAAGAAACGCCACGAGCUUCAGCCGAGCUUCAGUCGUAGAGAAGUUUAAACGUUGUGUCUGUACAUGCAGAGCUUCAGCCUCAAUGUCGCUAACAGGAUAUUUUUAUAGUGAUUUUUCUAUCUGUGGAGCGCGAGAGACGUUUUUCCACAUUCUUUCAUUUGUCUUUAUUUUUUAUUUUUAAUCCUGUCAUUUUGUAUUUCUGCCUUAUUUUUUGGGUGGGGGGUUAAUAUCCGUCUGCAGUGAACAUUAAAGGGGGAGUUCUGAGUUUGUUUUAAUGCGCUGACCUUUUAACCUUCUGACCUUGAGGUGAAUUAAGCCCCGCCUCUUCUGUGAUCUUUUAAUCUCCUAAAAGGUGUCGAGUAAAACUUCCACUGAAUAUUACACGCCGUUUAUUUCUCAACCGAACUUGUUCCCCUGGAGCUGAUUAUGAAAUCAUCGUCCUUUUUCCUUCCUAUGUUUGACCCUCACGCUCUCCUGUAGUUCUUCUGUAUUGAUCGCUUAUUGAUUGAGCUGCAGCUGCCACGACGUCUGGUCCUGUGAUCAAGUGGACGCGGAAAGAAAUGCUGAUUUCAGCUUCUCAAAUGUAAAGAUAUUUUCAAAAUAAAAGCACGUUCAACUGAAUAUCUUUGGGACAAAACAUUUUAAAGAAAAGUCACCUUGGAGAAACCGUCGUGGACAUUUUUCACAAUUUUAUCAACCAAAACGAUUACUUGAUAAAUUAACCUGCAGAUUAAUUAGGAAUAAAAAUAAAAAAAAACUAGCAGCCCUCGUUAAAAUGAAAGUAAACUUAUUAAAAUACAGUCGGUGUGAACAUGAAGGACACAUUGUGAUUUUCAUGUACAUUUUUUUAAAAAUUGUUUUUACAUAAAUAUUUAACUGUUCAAAAGUCAAUAUUCAAAGAGUCGCAGAGCAACGUGGAUUCAGUGUGAAGUGACUUAAAUCAUCAGAAUCAGAUGAUUCAUGAAUCUGCUCUGAUGGAGCGUGAUGAAGAGGAAGGUGGAGAUGAAGGUGGCGACACACUGAGAAUACAGGAGCAGAAUGUAAGUUCACAUGAACUGGAUCUUUAAUGUACAGACUGAAAUGAAAUGUGAUGAUGAGGGUUUUUCCACUGCAGCGUUUAGUCGGAUUUUAGAAGCUCUUAAUAUUAAUGUGUAUUAAUUUUAUUCUGAACAUGUUUUGUAUUAUUUGCACUACAAAAUAAACUUGAAUUGAAAAAAACAA